UUCAAACCUUUACCACUGGUUUAUCAAACCUUUACCACCGAUUUAUCAAACCUUUACCACUUAUUUAUCAAACCUUUACCACUGAUUUAUCAAACCUUUACCACUGGUUUAUCAAAACUUUACCACCAAUUUAUCAAACCUUUACCACUUAUUUAUCAAACCUUUACCACCGAUUUAUCAACCUUUUACCGCUUGUUUAGCCAAUGGUUAAAGCGGAUUUAUCAAACACUGUUUCAGGCUGCUGUGAGUUAA